UACAACAGUCGACGCACGUCUCCAGCACAGCGUCAGUUGUUGCUCAGGAUCCUCAACGGUACGCCAUGAAGCUGUUACGUGGCAGCUGGGGGACGAAGGUGGAGUUCAUCCUCACUUGCGUCGCCUAUGCAGUUGGCCUGGGAAACGUGUGGAGGUUUCCAUACUUGGCCUUCAAGAAUGGUGGAGGUGCGUUCCUCAUCCCCUACUGGAUCAUGCAAGUGUUCAUAGGCAUGCCUCUGUUCUUCAUGGAGCUGUCGUUCGGCCAGUUUGCUGGACAAGGCCCUAUCACCAUCUGGAAGGCCAAUCCACUUCUGAAAGGUAUUGGGAUCAGCAUGGUGAUUGUCUGCUCCUUCAUCGUCCUUUACUUCACCGUCAUCGUCGGCUACAUCGCCUUCUACUUCUUCUCCUCCAUGCAGUCUCCUCUCCCCUGGUCCCACUGCGGGCAUCACUGGAGCAGUCCAAACUGUCGGGUCGAUGUACCAGGUGCUGUUGAUAACAUCACGACAGGGAAUCUCACCACCGACCUCCAGGUGGGAAGCAUGAACAUCAGCAACAUCAGCCACUACAACCGGACCAUUUCCCCGACUGAAGACUAUUUCACAAAUUUCGUCCUGGGGAUGACGUCGGGACUGGGAGACAUGGGCAACCUCAACUGGAAAGUGUGUCUGUGUUGUCUUUUUGCCGGCAUUGUCGUAUUCCUUGUGCUCAUCCGGGGAAUCAAGUCACUCGGCAAGGUCGCAUACUUCAACGCCACCUUCCCCUACGUGCUGCUGUUGUCCCUCCUGAUCAACGCCAGUCUUCUCCCGGGAGCCACGGAGGGCAUCCUGUAUUUCCUGACCCCCAAGUGGCACCGCCUGGCGGACGCCUCGGUAUGGAGCGAUGCUGCAACACAGGUAUUCUUCUCUCUCGGUGUCGGCAUGGGCGGCCUGAACCUCAUGGCGAGCUUCAACAACUUCAAGAACAAUUGUUUGAGGGACGCCAUACUGGUGCCGUGUGUGGACUGCCUAACCAGCUUCCUGUGCGGCCUGGUAGUGUUCGCCGUCCUGGGGUUCAUGGCGCAUGACAAGGGGGUUGGUAUCGAGGAGGUUGCUGUAGGGGGACCUGGCCUGGCCUUCAUUGCGUACCCUGAGGCCCUCUCAAGGAUGCCCGUGCCCACCCUCUGGGCCAUCCUGUUCUUCUUCAUGAUGCUCAUCAUCGGGUUCAGCUCUCUGUUCACCAUGACGGAGACGGUGGUGGCAUCGCUCUGUGACGAAUAUCCUUCAUUACUGAGGAAGACAUGGAAGAGAACUCUCAUCUUCCGGGGUAUCGUUUCCACCGCUCUCUUCCUGUUAGCGUUGCCAAUGACAACAGGGGCCGGCAUCUACCUCCUUGACAUCGUCGACUCCUCUGUUGGCGGCUUUCCUCUGCUGUUCAUCGCCAUCGCCGAGAUCGUUGCCAUCAUGUACAUAUACGGGUACCGGAGGUUUGCCGAGGACCUUCAGAUGAUGAUGGGGAAGAAACUGUCUGUGUACUGGAAGAUGUGCUGGUGUUUUAUCGGCCCCGCUAUUCUCACUGGGGUGGUGGUGUUCAAGAGCUGCCGAUUCCAGCCCCUGGGCUAUGUGGACUACAUCUACCCGGCUUGGGCCCAGGCGCUAGGGUGGUUGGUCAUGACUGUCUGCAUUGUCUUCAUCCCGGGUUGGUUCAUCGUCUACUUCCUCAGAUACGGCGGAUGCAAGAUGAUUGCUAAAAUGUCCCGGCCAGCUCCUGAUUGGGGUCCUCGACUACCCGAAAAUAGAACCGGCAUAUACGCGGACGGCGACAGCAACACUGAAGUGACAUCUGAUAUUCCCGCCAUCGUUAUCAGCGACGUGGACGACCAGGCAUCUGGCAAUGACAUCAAAGGUGUGCGUGCAAAGGGAGGAGAUGGCUCCGUCAGAACGAAGCACACGAAGGGCGGGGGGAAACAGGAAACACCAACUGGGCGUAAGGACUCGCCAAGCAUGAAAGGGAACAAGAUCGGCAGUUUCAAGGGUACUGGAAAGGUCCAUGACCUAGAAGACGACUACACUGAAAACGCUUCUAAAACCACCAACAGCAUCAAAGGAGCCUCCGUAGAAAUGAAACGUGUGGACAGCGUUAAAAGACAGGCCAGUAUUAAAGGGGCACCGCAAGGCAGUUUGAAAGGGGCAUCUGUAGUAUCUGUUAAGGGGGCAGCCGUAACGACCGUUAAAGGAGAACCCAUUACUGGCGUGAAAGGGGUACCUGUAGGUGUUAAGGGGACAGCCGUAACGACCGUUAAAGGAGAACCCAUUACUGGCGUGAAAGGGGUACCUGUAGGUGUUAAGGGGACAGCCGUAACGACCGUUAAAGGAGAACCCAUUACUGGCGUGAAAGGGGUACCUGUAGGUGUUAAGGGGACAGCCGUAACGACCGUUAAAGGAGAACCCAUUGCUGGCGUUAAAGGAGUACCCGUAGCAACUGUUAAAGGAGCUACCGUAACCAGUGCAAACAGAGCACCCAUUACCAGCGUCAAAGAAGCAUCUAUGGCCUUCGUCAAAGGAGCGACCGCAGCCAAUGUCAAAGGGUCACCCGUAGUCAGUGUCAAGGCGACAGACGUUGCCAGUGUUAAAAAUGUACCAACAUCCAACAUCCAAGAAGCCCCCGAAGUUCCAGUGAUCCAAGACUUCAGUGUGGCAGAGGUCAUUGGCAAACAUGUAGGCGACGUGAGGAAGACACAAGGGGGAGGUAACUCUGUAUACGAACUGGAAGAUGCCGCCACGACGGAUAUAAUGCCGGGACGAAGAGGGCAGUGGUAACCGAGGAGCUCCAUGGCGUUAACUGAAGAAGCAUAAGACAUUGAGUCAGCCUCCAAGUGGACGAUGGAACGCC